AGCCUGGUGGGGGGGAGUGGAAUGCGGGAUUUAACCAUAGUGUUGACAACCAAGAGAGUUGCCUGUCAGAUAAGGUCCCUUUGAAGGAACAUUUGGCAUGUUCUAUUCUCUUUGUUGUUUUUUUGAUUAGAAACAAAGCUUCAACUUAAACCUGCCCCCUUAAUAGCCGUGCAGACGGUGUGCAUCCACAUCGAGCCACUUGUGUGAGGAGGUUUCUUAGACAUAUACAUUUAUUCCCUGUCCCAGGUGAAUAGGCGCUGCGCCGCGGGACAGGUGCGGCUGGCGGCGUCCCGCGAGUGCGUCUCCCCCUCCCUGUACCCGUGCAACGUCACCUGCGGAGCCCACGGCGGGACGGUGGACCCGGAGAUGGGCAUGUGAGCGCCACGAUAGGAGAACCAGGACCAAUACAGAUAAAAACACAAAUCAAUCAGCCACGGCUGGGGCCCAGAGGUUAUUGAUGCUGAGGGGCUUUAAGUGAUGACAAUCCCUUCCCUGUCGGGGCGCGCUCUCCCCUUCCCCAGCUGUCAGUGUGAGCGCUACGUGUCCUCCGAGGAGCUGUGCAACUCUUCCUGCGUGGCCGGCCUGCCGCAGCUCUCCGCCCGGCUCUCCGCUGACGGACAGCUCAUCCUCAGCCUGAAGCAGAUGGACAGCCGGCUGUGGGUCCGGAAUGGCAGGGAUAUUUUGGGCCCCGAUGUCCAUUUGAAGAACAUUGGGAAGGUCCAUGUAGUCCAGUUUGUCCCUGAUGGCGUGUUUGGUUGGAUCUUCACGGAGAGAACGUUGAUGAUUCAAUUUCUGUCAGAUGAGGGGGAACUCCUUCACGACAAGGAUAGGAGUAAGAGAGACACAGACACCAAAGAGACUGCUCGGACGCCCGUCAGUCUUCCACGAAUCCCGAAUCCCAUCGGCUGUCUGUCCUCUGGAGACAUGAUAGUGUUCCAGCUCACCAUCAACCACACUGACCGCAGCCUCAGCCACUUCCCGGUGUAUCACAAAGACCACCUGUUCAACAGCAACCCCGGCUGGGAUUUCGGGGCCUUCCGGCGUCUCCAGGUCCUCAUGAAGCAGACACACUUCAACUCAACAAGGUUCGCCCACGUGUUCUCGGAGACGGGGAAGUACGUGCUGGUGGACAGCGCAGUGCCUGAGAGGAGUGUGGUGGUGGUGGUGAGUGACAGGGGGACGCAGUGUGACCCCAGGGCGGCCGUGUUCCAGCCCCAGACCCCCGCACAGCUGGUCCGCUUUGGGAUCCUCAAGCAACCCCGCCUCAACCUGCUGCCCGACUGGGGGGUCAUCGUCGCGGUCCUGAGUCUCCUGCUGCUGCUGGUGGUGGUGCUGACCAGUAUAGCGCUGGUUCUGAGGCCCAGCCAAGCCAAGCUGAUCCUGCAGUGGAGGAACAAACCACGCUGGCGGAGCCUGGGGGAGCCCUGCUGUCCCGUGGAGUACCUUCCCCAGGGAGACAGCUUACCCGCCCCACUAAACUGUGCAGGCCUACUAGGUAACAGAGGAGUAGGAGAGGGGGCAGAGGCAGAAGAACCUGCCGUCUCAAAGGGAGAGCGUUUUGACUUGGAGGAGUUCAACGUUAAAACCCUGUACGACAAACUGGAGGACCAAAACCUGCACCUGGCUUCACAGUUGGCCCGCCACCGCAAAGACACACAGGAAUUCUACAGGAACAUGUGCCAGCAGGCCGAUGGCUUACAGAAUCUUUUAGAAAACAUGGAUGUAAAGAAAUUAAGUCUUCUGAAGGAGCUGGGCCUUGACUCCUUGGAGCGUAAGCUCUGUACUGAUGCUGGGGGAGAGAAGAAAAAACAAGCCGAUGCUUCUGUGGCCCUGCUGGGUGCUGUUCUGGGGUCUGUGGAAGCCCUCAUACUGCGGCUGACGGGGGAAGGCUGGCAGAACCAGGAUCUGCCCUCACCACCCCACUGCCUAGACAACCAUGAGUGUGAGGAGUAUGGACAAAACAGCGAAGCACACGUGUGUGAUCCACAGUCGUCCCCGAGGAAUUUAACCAAAAUAGCAGGUCCUCAUCAAGAUUCAGGGCAUUCGCUGAGUGACCAUGACCUGUCCAAGCUGGUGGCCAUAACUCCUCUGUCUAGAACUCUGCAGGAGAUCCAGCAAUCUCUACAGAAUCUAACUUCAGCUGGCCCUGAUGUUAACGACCAGGCUGUUAUUGAAGACCAGCCCCUGCAGCCAAUUCCGGUCGCCCUGGACAAUCUUCCUCCACAGCACUCUGCCAUUUUCCUGUUUGGUUGCCAGGUGAUGCGGUUGCUAGGCAAAUUGCCUUUGUUCCCGCCUGUGCUUUUGUUGAUCGCAAAGUCCAUCCCUGUCUCCUCCUGGUCCUCCCCGGGGGGUUUGCUGGCGCAUUGCUCGGGGGGCUUUCACUUUGACAAGAGCAAUCAGAUACUCUACCUCUCUGAGGCCAAGCUUCAGCACGUGGGUCAGUUCAUCGCCACCAUCCUCCAGGCCAUGGCCUAUGUGGCAUCAGGGUCCAGGCCGCAGAUCUUUAUGCAGGCCCUUCAUCAGGCAAUAUCAGCGCUGAGCCUUCAGCUCUUCAACGUCUCCUUUAAGUUGGACCAGAUGGUGUUGUUUCAGCCGGAAGACUCUGAGGCUCCACAGAGGUCACAGCACGGCUCGUUACCCGACGACUUCCUCAACGUCAGCGUCCCCUACGAGGAGUAUUUCUCUGAGGAUCUCCUGGCUAGCAGACUUCAGAAAUACAAGUUUUUCAAAUUAGAGCAGCUAAUCAGAGAUCUGAAACAUGGACCACAAACAGCUAAGCAGAGAAACAUGGGUGUAUCCCCUGAAGGUAAUCCUGCUCAGGUCUCCUCCAUAGAGGAGGAAAUAGAUCGCUUGAAUGAAUCCUUCCUACAUCUGAGUCUCCAGCUGCAGAAAAGAGGUCAGAUGCACACUCAGCGCUGGGAGAGUCAGCAUACUUCAACCGAUCAUGCGGCUAGGCCAGCCGGCACAGAGCUGCCAGCCCUCAGUCGUAAUGGAACAAUCCUGGUGGAGCUCCAAAGACGAUACGUGUCCCAGAAACUCGACGAGCUGCAAAUCACAUUAGAGCAGAGAAGGCCGUGCCAGCGGCCCGGUGGCCCCUCACAAGACGGGCCCAAGAAGAACCCAACAACCACCGACAGCUACACCGCUCAGCAGGGGGGACACACCCCCGGCCCAGAAGACCAUCAGAACCACCAGGACCACGGGGCUCUUUCAGAGGGCUGCAGGCAGGGCACGGCUCCAACUUACCACCGCAGUCAGAGCCAACCAUCGGUAGUCGCAGAGAGCGGACAGUUUGGAAACUAUUUAUUAGAAGGGCAUGUUUCCGACCAGAAGGCUCAAGCUUCCUGAAAGUUCCAGCGAUGGUGAUGAUACAUGCAUGGCCGACUGAUGAAUACCAGAGCCUCCCGAGUGCAAAGACCCAGGGAAAAGUGGAGUUGACUUGUCAGAUAGCAGAGGAGUGGCUGACAAGAGGUACAGAUAUAGACGACCUAAUCACCCGGCGCCGGGUCUGAAUGUAGAUAAAUAGCUGAGGUUUUAGUUAUUCGUCAUAUUUUUCUUUCUGUUGUGCUACUCUUAUAACUGAAUAGAUGACGUUGACAAACGACUGAGAAUACUCAAUCAGAUUCUCUGGGUUUUUUGAGGUUCUUGAAUUUGACAGGAAUGACGAAUUAUACUUUGCACAGGCUAUAGAAUAAGUGAGUGAGUGCAGAUUUCAUCAUACCUGAUCCAGAACAGAAAUAUUCUCUGCCUGGCAAGAGUUGUGUAACACAAUCUGUCAUCUUGUCCAAAUAGUUUCCAAGUCAGGAGUUCUACAGGCCGUGUCGGUAGCAGCCCACUAGUUGCCACACUUGUAUCAACACAUCCAAUAAUAGGCUGUUGCCGCUGCAGAUAAAACUGAGAGAGAUCAUGAGAUGUUUUCCUGUCUUGGCCUGUGUGACCUUUUCCUUCAUGUUCCUUUCACCUUGUUCUGCCUGUCUUCCUCAUUCACACGGCCAUCCACAAACCGGACCACUAACAGAACCAGAACCUGAAGUACACAUUAAACAUUGUGAACCUGCUCCACUAUGUGCCGUCUUUCUCCAUUUCUGAGGACAGUGCUCAGGGUCCCAUAAUAGAAAGUGAGUUUUUCUUCAGGGGACAAUAGUCAGUGAGCCAAUUCCGAAGGUCAGCCAGGCAACAAGGUCUUCAGUUGCUAUCAGUGUUAGGUUUGAGCUCCAUGCCAAAUACUUUUGGCAGAGAGAUACACACUGCUCUGCUGAUCCAAUGUUCCCUUUUGAGUGUGGUGUGGAUUUUGGAAAGCAUGUGUUAAGGUAUGCCUGUGCAUUCGGUGGGAGGAAAAACAGCGGUUUUGUCUGCUCCUGUUUGUGUUCAUCAAGACAGUCAAAGAGAGUGAGGGAAAAGAGAGAGGACAGAGAAUGGUAACGAUGGCUACAUGAGAUUAUUUGAUUUACCAGUUGGAUCAGCUCUGUGGCAACCCUUAAUCUUCCUUCUGUCUUUCACAUUUUUGUAUAACACCAUAACUCCCUGGGUAAAUGCUCUGUUCAAUGUGUGUGUGUGUGUGUCUAUGUGUUGAUUUGCACAUUAUCUGUGUCUAGUUGCGGUUAUUUAUAGAAUGUUUGUGUGUGUGCACAUGGUUCUGUUUGAACGUGUGUGUGUGUGUGUGUGCAUUCAUUUAGGUUUGUGUGUGCAUGCCUUUGUGUGUGUGAGCGAGAGAGAGGAGAAGCCAUAUCAUUUAAUACCCGUGUUUUUCUUGGCUAGUGUAAUGGUUGGCAGCUGCUCCAGUAGCUACUGUGCGGUUCCAAACAUGCCAGUUGUAGUUAACCCCUACUAGAACCAUCACUUUUUUAUAUAUUAUUAAGCAUUUUCACAUCGCAAAAUAGUAAUUGUCCUUUUCAAAUAAAACUCUAAGUAGAAACAUCAAAGACUUAAACCCAUGUUUUGGUUCAGAGAAAGCUACUCACACUUCAUACAUUUCUAGCAUGUUCCAUCCGGUAAGCUGUAAUCAAGUUCUAGUAAUAUUCAAAUCCCUCAAAAUCCCUCAAAGUCUGUUCUUGCCCCUUAAAGACCCUUAACACCCACAUACCCACACACACACACACACACACACGCACGCCUACUGCUAAGGUUGAGGACCCAAAAUGCACGACACAAAGAUUAAUUUCCAAACCACAGGUUUUACUCACACAAGGCUCUGGAUACAUGAAACACAAGGUGCACGCAACAACAGAAACAAUGAUUGAGCAAGGAACUGAACCAAGGCAACAACUUAAAUACACAUGACUAAAAAGACACAGGUGGGCAGGGAACAAGGUAGAACUUUGGGCAAGACAACAAUCAACCUCAAAUUAAUAACUAGACUCAGGAUGGCAGGGAGCAAGGUAAUAAUGAGGACAGUAGGCGGGACUCAGGUUAGGGGCGGAGACACAGAAUCACAAGACAAACCAAACUGAAGCACAUGGAAGACUACAAACAAACACAGGAAGUUCAAACCCAGGAGAUACCACUGAAAAACCAACAUAAAAGUCCAACACAUGAAACAAAACAAACACACAAACAUACACACACACAUAGAUCAGAUCCUCUCUCUGAUUUACCUAAUGUCUGAUUGUUUUCAUAUAAAUUGAUACAUUCACCAACACACAGUGUACAUUCUGCAAGCUUUUCCUUCCCCUGUAAUGAAUCGAAAUCUCCCUUCCAUUGUAUCUCCCUGUGACUCUCAGGGGAGACCCGCCUCUGACUUUGGAAGAAACUGAAGUAGGGCAUGAUACACACAACAUCAUUUGACAAGUAAGCAUUGGCUAAGAGGAAGCACUGGGGUUGUGGCCUCUGGUCAUCUUUCUGAAUCAGUAGGCUGUGGAGGAGGCUGAACUGGCUGCAACCCCCGUCGCCAAGCUGAACACGUUGCCAUGGUUUCCUUGUCCGGCGGUUGCUGUCUCACCCGGCCUGCCAUAGUUAGUCUGUGUCUGCGAGUCAUUGCCUGCCCACUGCCUGAAUCAUAGGACCCCCAUUCAUAACCCCUCUCCUCCAAACUGGGUUUUCAAAAUCAUUGCACUGCUUGUCUCUUUGUUGUUCGCUGAACCAGUCAACCUCUGGGUUUUUAUUCCAGGUGACCAGAUUUCUGAACGGGGACAUUUGUAGUUAGGUGGUCCAUAUAUCAACAAAAUUCUGUUAUUAUUUCUGAAAUUAAUAAAAAGGACACGUUUUACCUAUUCUCAUCAUGGUAAAUAUAGUACUGAAGUCACAUAUCGGGCAGCACAUGCCCGAUGGUUAACGAUGAUUUGUUUUAACCUCUGAUAAACUUUGCCAAAAACGAGCCAAAGUACUCGUACUUUCUUCCUAUAGUAUUGAUAUCCUAUUGUUUAUGAUCGGUCCGAUCAUGGGACGGAGUCAAUAGAUAGACCCCCGCGUAGCAAGUUCACAUCACAGCCAAUCAGAAAGACACAAUACUCUCUGUCUCCAGUGAAUAUUAAUGAGGAAACUAGAACCGUUGCAUUUAAAACUCUAUCAUAUCAUUGUUUUACCUUAAUUUUCUUAAAAAAGGGACUAUUCCGGGGACAUCUCUGGCCGGGGACAUGGCACUAGAAACGGUGACUGCAUGUGGAAAAACAGUCUGGUCACCCUAUUUUCCUGUUGCCUUAAUUGGUUGUUGUGACUGCGAUGUUUUGUCUUCACCAUUAUAUAUAGUACAGCCACAGACUUUAAAUGGAAUAAAAUAUUGGAAUGAGUAAAUCCUUGACUCUGCCUAUCCUUCUAAGCCUUUCAUUCCACCAUAUAUUGACCCCUAGAUUACACACAUUGAUGUCACAGCAGGAUUAUUCAAGCUCUUAAAGACUCUAGUCCCAGCAGCUACAUUGCAGGUUCACCUCAUCCUGCUAUUUCAGCCAGAGGCUAUUCACAAACAUGGGGUUGACCGAUUGAUGACAUGAACAAGACUUGCUUAAUUUUGAUAAUUCUUAAAUUGAGCUGAACAUAAAAAGUACAAAAAUAAUUUAAAAAAUAAAUAAUAAAAGUUAGGGCAACAGCAGGGGUUCCAAACUAUAUCAAACAAGCAGCUCACAUAGAUGGGGAAUUGUAAUAUAAAU